AUGGCUAAUGAACUCCAGCCAAUAUUGUCGCCCGCUGCUGGGUACCUGGCUAUGCCAGAGCAACAGCCAUUGAAAGGCCCAGAGAUUGAUUCCGAAUUAGAGUCCAGUACUAUUAAAAAAGACUGGAUCGUGCUCGCUCUAUUCAUCGGAUCGUUUUUGUCCGCUUUGGAUACAACUAUCGUCACGACUCUACUGCCCACCAUUGCAUCGGAUCUCGAUGCCUCGAGCCAGAUGUCGUGGAUCGCCACGUCGUAUUUGCUCUCGUGCUCUGCUUUCCAGCCGUUGUACGGCAAACUAUCGGACAUCUUUGGUAGAAAACCGUUGCUCAUCUGGUCGAACUUGUGUUUCGGAGUUGGAUGCAUCAUUUGUGGUGCGCCAUUUACCAAGAGUCUGUGGGUUCUAUGCCUUGGGAGGUUCAUUUCUGGUGUCGGGGGUGGAGGUUUGACGACGCUAAGCACGAUCACGACAAGCGAUAUCAUCCCGUUGAGACAGCGAGGCGUUUACCAGGGCCUGGGGAAUAUUGUUUUCUCGCUUGGAUGUGCGUCCGGGUCGUUGAUCGGGGCUCUUUUGCAGCAGCACUUGGGCUGGAGGUGGGCUUUCUUGGUCCAGGUGCCGCUGUCGCUGUUCAGCUGUGUUAUGAUCGUUGUGUUGUUGCAUUUGCCCAAGGAUUCGCCGGGCCGUGGCCUUAUCAGCUUGUCCGGUAAUAAUGGUAGUAAGAAGCCAUUGAGGCUGAUUAUCGACGACGUGCGUGAGCUGGUGGACGUGAUGGGCUCAUUCAGUCUCAUUGUGACGAUGCUCUUGCUUAUGAUUAUAUUGUCGGUGUUGGAUAACCCAUCGCAACUCUCGUCUGGUACGUGGGUCGCGUUUGUGACGGUUCUGUGCUUGGCAGGUUACGUUUUCGUCUCAACAGAGUUGAGCAUCGACCACCCAAUGGUGCCAUUGCAUUUGCUCGGGUCCAAUAGAACCGUCUUGGCCUCGAGUCUCACCAACUGGUUCUUCACCAUGUCGAUCAUGACGCUCUCGUACUAUAUCCCUGUGUUCUGGCAAACGGUGUACCAUUUCUUGCCAUGGCAGAUUGGUGUCAGAACCGUGUCGAACUUCUUUGGUAUUGCUACUGGGUCCAUGCUCACUGGCAUAUACAUGAAACGGUCUGGGAAAUACAAGACGUUGUCUAGCAGCGUGAACUUCAUCACGGUUCUGGGAGUGCUUGUCAUUUUUGGAUCUACUUUCAAUGCGCACCCUAAUGGGGUUUUCGAGUACCUCAUGCUCUUUGUUCCAGGGUGUGGCUACGCCAGCAUGCUCACCGUGACCCUUUUAUCGCUCAUUGCGAGCGUGGAUUCGUCGCAACAGGCUCAAGUGACGUCGGUUCAGUAUGCGUUCCGUGCCAUUGGAUCGACGCUAGGCGUUUCCUUUGCAGGAUUGAUCUACCAGUCGCGGUUACAUGCGUCGCUUUUCCAUGAUAUACUACACAAUGAGACACUACAGGACUCCUACACGGCCAAACAGUUGAAAGCGUGGUGCUACAAGAUCUUGGAGAACAACUCGUUCGACGUUUCUUUCGAUCCUCUGCUCCAAUCGCUGGUCACAAAGUGUUUCCAGAAGAGUAGCAGGCUCGUGAUGGGGUUCGCCGCCUUGACGAUCACUCUAGGCUUUUUGUCAUCGUUGUUCAUUAGAGAGCAUACUUUGCAUACCGAGAUUGGAAGACGUUAG